AUGAAAAUCGAGGAGGAUGUCAGUGCGACAGCCACCACGUCGGCGGGUGAGGUAGCGCUGUCCAAAAUGAAUGCAGCAUUUGCUCGCAGCUUGUAUCUUGUGUGUCCUCCAAUUCAAUAUCCUCCGCACUGCCGAUUUAAUCCAGUGCGUGAUGCAGCUGAUACUGCGGAGAUUGGAGUGCGUCUUGAAGAGUUUUUCCUACAUGCAAAGCAGCUGGAGCAAGUUUUUAUGAAUGAAACGAUCAACAGUUUAUCCUCUGUAAAUCUAGAGUCCUUUACAGAGGAAAGAGCACAAUUAACGGGCGGACGGCAACAGCGAAGUGAGCUCGAGCUAGAAAUUCUCAAUCUUGAGGCAGAGCUCGCGGAAAAGAUCGAUCUAAUUGAAAAAUACACGGAAGUUGUGCGUGGCUGGGAGGGUAAAUUUAAGAGACUGGACAAUCGAUUAUCACCAGAUAGAGAAUGA